CAGCUCUGAGGCCUGCUGUGUUUUCAACGGAGGGAGAGCUGAGGAGAAAAAUGGCGUCUGCAGGCGACCCAGAGCGGGACACCGGCCAUUCAGUUUGAGCUUUCCGCUCUUAAAUUGAGACCGGGGCUUGGUGGAGACUUAUCGGGAACCGUCACCAGACCCGUUGGUUUCUUUCUCCCCCGCUUUUCUCCGUUGUGCGUGGCUCACCCGAGCAGCGAGAUUGAAGCGGAACAGAACAGACUCGCUCCCACAAUGAGGGGGAGAAGAGGAAGGCCGCCCAAACAAGCAGCCGUGAUGCGGGAGGGUUCAACCGGGCCAGUCCGCGGUUCUCGGGGCAGCAGGAGUAGAGGGAUGCGGGGACGGGGAAGAGGCAGAGGACGCGGCCGGGGACGGGGUGGCAUUGCUGGCGUUUGUGUGACUGGCUCUGCGGAGGUAGAUACAGACAUCUCCGGCCGAGAGAACUUUCAUUCGUCCCGGGGCCGCAGGAAAGUUGGAGGCUCCACAGCGGCGGUGUCCGCGGCGUCGCGGGGCAGAGGAGGCAGAAGCAGAGGCAGGGGGUCGAGAGGCGGCCGCGGCAGCAGAGGAGGGGUGAGGCGGCCUCAAACCAAGGUGGUCUACGACGACAACAGCGACGAAGAGGAUGAUAAUAUAAGCUACAGGUCAGACGACGAUGAACUCCUUAACGACAACCCUUCGUCGGAUCUUGAAGAAGAGGAGGCCUUGGGAAACGAGUCUGACUAUCUGGAGGAACUACCAGAUGAGGAUGAUGCCAGCUACUGUACGGAGAGUAGUUUUAAGAGCCACAGCACGCUCGGUAGCACCCCAGGCCGGAGGAGGAGUCGGGCAUUGCAACCGCAGUCUCCCAUCUUUGAGGCAAAGGACAUUCCUCCCCUGGACCUUCCUAAGUCCUCUGAGGACCUCCAGGUUCCUACCUCACAGCUUCUCAAUGUGUCCGCUGUCUACGAAGUCCUCCGCAACUUUGGCUCUGUGCUGCGCCUCUCCCCUUUCCGCUUUGAGGAUUUCUGUGCAGCGGUGGCCAGCCAGGAGCAGUGCACACUGCUGGCAGAGAUGCACAUCUCCCUGCUCAAAGCUAUUCUCAGAGAGGAGGACACUUCCAACACCACUUUUGGUCCCACCGACGUGAAGGACUCUGUCAACUCCACUCUGUAUUUUGUGGAUGGUAUGACCUGGCCGGAGGUGGUGCGGGCGUACUGUGAGAGCGACCCGGAGUACCGGCACAUUCUGCCUCUCCAGGAGACUGAGGAUUACCCGUAUGAACCGCUAGAGAGCAAAAUCAAAGUCCUGCAGUUUUUGGUGGACCAGUUUUUGGCGACCAACAUCGCCCGAGAGGAGCUAAUGUCGGAAGGUGUGGUUGCCUAUGACGACCACUGCAGAGUAUGCCACCGCCUUGGUGACCUGCUGUGCUGUGAGACAUGUUCAGCCGUUUACCAUCUGGAGUGUGUGAAGCCGCCUUUGCUGGAAGUGCCUGAGGAUGAGUGGCAAUGUGAGGUGUGUGUGGCACACAAGGUGCCCGGUGUGGCGGACUGCAUCCCAGAAGUGCAGAAGAGCAAACCUUUCAUCCGACAACUACCAGUCGGCUACGAUCGACACAACCGCAAAUACUGGUUCCUCAAUCGCCGCAUUGUUGUUGAGGAGGAUGGCGAGCAGGAGGACAAGUCCACCUGGUACUACAGCACCAAGGUCCAGCUAGCCGAGCUCUUCGAGGGUUUGGAUAAAGAGUACUGGGAGGCCGACCUGAACGCAGCGCUCGAGGAGAUAAGAGAGGAGGUGCACGCUCACAUGGACAUCACUGAGGACCUCACCAACAAGGCCCGAGGCAGCAACAAGUGUUUCCUCACUGUCGCUAAUGAGGAGAUCCUGGAGCGGUUGCGGGCUAAGAGGGAGGAGGAGCUGGAGGAGGUGAAGAGACGAGCUGCAGAGGAGGCCCAGAAAGAGCGGCUGGAGAAGGAGAAGAUGGAGGUGGAUGUGGAGAAUGAAGAUGAAGAGGCCAAGUUGAGGGACGAGGGGCAACAAGAGGGCAAGGUCACAGAGCUGACGGAGGAGGAAACAAAACAAGAGGCCAGGGAAGAGAAAAAGGAUGGUGGAGAAAACCCAGCAUCAGAUUCUGUCCCCGGCAGCGGAGAUGGUAUCCCCAGCCUGAGCCAGCCGCCCCAGGCCAGUGAGGAGAACAGUAACGGCAGCAUGGGGGCUGUUACAAGAUGUCCUGAACCUCCAGACCUGGCUGACAAGUCCUCCCAGUCCUCCCUGGCCAGCCUUGAUGACAUAGGGGACGGUAAGGACGCUAACGGUGAGCCGUGUCCCGGCGGUAGGGGGUCCGCAGCAACUCGCAUGGUGACCCGACUGAGGAACCCCGAGAGCAAACUCAGCCAGAUGAAGAGCCAACAGGUGGCUGCUGCUGUUCAUGAAGCCAACAAGGUCUUCAAGGAGGGCAAAGAGGUACUAGUAGUAAAUGCACAAGGUGACGUCACCCGUGUCAGCACGCGAGGGAAGGAGGUGGUGAUGAAGGGGACACUUAGUCCAUUCUUCAAGCUGGGCCAGGAGGGGAAAUACCGUGUCUAUCAUAAUCAAUACAGUAGCAAUACUGUGGCACUCAACAAGCACCAGCACCGAGAGGACCACGACAAGAGGCGGCAUCUCUCCCACAAGUUCUGCAUGACACCAGCAGGAGAGUUUAAGUGGAACGGGUCUAUUCAUGGCUCCAAGGUUCUGACCAUCUCCACACUGAGAAUCACCAUCAUCCAGCUGGAGAACAACGUUCCAGCACCCUUCAUGCACCCUAACUGGGCCUCACACAGGACCAACUGGAUCAAAGCUGUUCAGAUGUGCAGUAAGGCCAGAGAGUUUGCGCUGGCCCUGGCCAUCCUGGAGUGUGCCAUCAAACCUGUGGCUAUGCUGCCUGUCUGGAAGGACUCACUGGGCCACACCAGGUUGAAUCGCAUGACAUCCAUUGAACGUGAGGAGAAGGAGAAGGUGAAGAAGAGGGAGAAGAAGCUGGAGGAUGAAGAGACGAUGCAGCAGGCCACAUGGGUCAAGUACACCUUUCCCAUUAAACACCAGGUGUGGAAGCAGAAAGGAGAGGAGUAUCGUGUAACCGGCUAUGGGGGCUGGAGCUGGAUCAGUAGGACUUAUGUGCAGCGGUUUGACCCCAAGCUUCCCGGCAACACAAACCCCAACUACCGCAAAGAACUGGAAGAUGCUAAACUUGGCAAGAAAUGUACCCUGCUGGACUUGAGUCGACGCCCCACUGUCGCUGCACCAGAGGCUCAGGGAGCUGCUGUGUCGAGCGGUGAGGAGAAAGAUCAAGACUCCUCCAGCCUCUCCAAGCCUGCAACAUAUCAUCCAAUGACUAAUGAGUUGGAGUCUAAUGAGAGGAUGGAAGAGGAACAGAAACAAGGGGCAGAGGAGAAGGAAAAGUCUGAGGAAUUACCAGCAGAUGAAACGCCAACAAAGAUGGAGGUGGACCCUCCAGACUCACGACCAGAAGAGCAAAGUUCCAGUAUUCAGGAGGAAAAGACUGCUGUGAAGGAGGAGCCUACAGAUAUCUCCACACGGCCCUUUAACUACGAUGUAGUAGAUGUCAGCAAGGGCUUCAUAACGCGCAUUCCCUACAAGAAGGUCAAGACCUCCAAACUGGACGGCCUGCUGGAGCGACGUGUAAAGCAGCGCGUUAUUGAAGAGAGGCAAAGGCAGCAGGCGUCUGCCGCCAACCCUCAGACUCUUAUACCCGUUGCAUUCACAGCAACCCCCCCUCCGAGCACUCCGGUCCGGCCACGGUCUCCACUCAAGCCCCAUGCUCUCGCUCAGACACAGCUUGCACUGGGCAGAGCUGUAAAAGAAGAGGAGAAACCCACAACACAAAUUCGAGUGCUGGGAACAGUUGAAGGACGAGAGGAUGUCAAGGAGGGUCUGCAUGAACCCUCUAAAACUACGAAUCAGACUGUCUCUCUUCCUACUCCUUCUCCUGUUCCUGACUCCACACCCAAAGACAGUUGCAGUACAGGUACACAAAACCAAACUCUUUCAAAGCCCAAGGUAUUGGAGGCAGACUUAGUAGAAAGGACUAUGGGGCAAAAAGAAACAAAUACAGACAUUUCAUGGCAAGAGGGCAUCAAACUGCCUAAUUCACAAGAAACACCAGCAGGGGGAAUUCAAAGCUCUUUAGAGCGACAAACAGCCACCGUAACAUCAGAUGUUACCAAGGCUGCACAUAUUGAAAAAACUGGGUCUGAGGUUUCCAACUUCAAAUUCGACUCCCUACGGACUUCUCCAAGUGUUCUUGGGCAGAUAGGCAGUCAAAACACAUCUCCUUCUAAAGGUAUUAAUCCAAACCCAGAAACCUUAGGCUCAGCACAUUCAAGCACAGAGGAAAACGGCAUGGGGCCAAAGGAGAUCCUAGAAAAUAUAGAACGCAUUGGACAAGGUAAAACCGAAAGCGAUGGCAUUCCCAAGCCAGUUUCUCCUCUCCCUCAGGUAAAUGGUAAUGAUGGCUUGGGGAGUGAAAAUGUGUUAAGUAACUCUGUAAUGAGCUCAAAUAAUGGUAUACUUAUCAGCAGUACACAGCUUAAGGAGAACAUCAUUGGUAAAGUUGAAGAACAUGGGGUGGUUGUGUCGUUGAAGGACGGCACGCAGCCAAAGCCUUUAGUGAAUGGAGAUUUGGCCCCUUUGAAUGAUUGUACAGAGGUUGGGGACAAGGGGCCAAGCCUAGUUUCUAAGAUAGAGAGCAAGACAAUGACCUCAGACCAGGACUACAAACCUCCACUGAAGAUCGCGAGGCUGGAGAACAAUGUAGGAGCACUUGGAACUAGCACUUUCCCAUUUCAGUCUAUGGAGGACAAACCCAGUCCUGCGGUGAAGAUCAUCAGGAUGGCGCCGUCUCCUAUACCCUCAGCAGAGAAGUUAAGUCUGAGCGACGGCUUUGCAGAGGAGAACAGUAACAGCGGGACUACAGAACGACUCAAAACCAUCAUCACCCAGGUAACCACAACCACCACAACUGUUGUUUCUACGGAGAUGAGGAUAGCAAAAAUGCCAUCGAAUGAGCCGGCUGUUGUGAAAAAGCCUGUCGCGUCGACAACAGAAAACAGCGCAGUGUCCACCCUCACUACCAUGACCAAAACAACUGUGACCAAAGUCUGUUCCCCUGGGCUGGACAGUCAGUCAGAGGACAGCCAGAGUGAGAUAGUGACGAAGGAGCAGAAGACAGCACUGUCAGUCAGUAAGUCCACAACUGACAGCCGUGGUAAGACCUCAUUGUUGUCUGUCGCUGUGAGUCUGGAGGACUCGUUGUCCACAAAGGGCCGGGUCCGUCUCCUCAAGUUCUCCCGCACCAAGAAGACUCGCUCAGACACUGCCCUUCCUUCUUACCGUAAGUUUGUCACCAAGAGCAGCCGCAAGAGUAUUUUUGUACUGCCACAUGACAACCUGAAGGUGCUGGCAAGGCGAGGCGGGUUUCGUGAGGUGUCCAUCUUCAGCUACAAUGCCAAGCCAGCGCUGGAUAUCUGGCCGUAUCCCUCACCCAGGCCCACGUUCGGCAUCACCUGGAGGUACCGUCUGCAGACCGUGAAGUCUUUGGCUGGUGUUAGCCUGAUGCUAAGGCUUCUCUGGGCCUCGUUGAGAUGGGACGACAUGGCCGUCAAACCAUCCGCAGCGAUCGGCACCACACGUACAGCCCUAUCCCCACUCAUUGCUACAGAGACGUCAGACACCGAAAUCACCACGACAGAGAUCAUCAAGCGCCGUGACGUGGGACCCUACGGCAUUCGCUCUGAGUACUGCAUCCGCAAAAUCAUCUGCCCCCUUGGAGUGCCUGACACUCCUAAAGAAACCCACACCCCUCAGAGGAAGGGGCUGCGAUCCAGUGCGUUGCGCCCCAAAAAGGCGGAGCCGGCCAAGCAGACGGGCCCCGUGGUGAUGGAGACCUGGGUGGCUGAGGAGGAGCUGGACCUCUGGGAGAUCAGAGCCUUCUCAGAGAGGGUGGAGAGGGAGAAAGCUCAGGCAGCCGAGCAGGCCAAGAAACGUCUGGAACAGAAACCAGGCAUCACAGUGACCCCAACAGGGACUCCUGCAACACCUGUCUCCACGCCCAAAGUCAUCAUCGGCUCACUGUCGGGCCAGGGCACUGCCACCACCAAGGUGGUACUGUCCACCAAGAUGGGCACCCCCGUCACAUUCCAGCAGAACAAAAACUUCCACCAGUCGUUCGCCACCUGGGUCAAGCAGGGUCAAAGCACACAAGGUGAGACCACCUUGGCCACAUCUAGUGGACACACCUUCCAGAUUACGGGAACCUCUAUGGGGGGGAAGGUAGUGACCACCAAGCUGCCACUCCCCUCCAACAGCAAGAUCGUCACUGUCAACGUGCCAACUUCACAAGGAGGUGUUGUUCAGCAGAAAGUGUUGGGGAUCAUCCCGUCAGGCACAGCAGGCGGUGCUCAGACCUUCACCACAUUCCAGCCGCACACCACCACGCUCAACAUCAGGCCCAAUACCCCAGGCUCCCAGCAGCAGGUUCUGGCAGCUGGUGCUCAGAUCCGUCCAGGAAUGACGGUGAUCCGAACACCGAUCCAGCAGACCGGACAAAUGGGAAAGACGAUACUCCGAACUCCCCUCGUGGUCCAGCAAGGUCAGGGUGGACAGCAGGUCGUGACGCAGAUCAUUCGCGGCCAGGCAGUCUCCACAGCAAUAUCUGGGGCCAGCCCAGUUGCCACGGUUACUGGUCAAGGGGCAGGAAGCCCCACGACUGCAGCUGGCACCCCCCCGCGGGCGCAGGGCCAGGUCAAACUCACCCUUGCUCAGCUCACUCAGCUCACACAGAAGCAGCAGGCAGGUUCAGCUGUGGAUCGGCAGGCUGGAGUCGGUGGUACCCAGCAGGCUCUGACGGUGAUGGUUCAGGGUCAGGGCCAGACCACUGGCCAGCUGCAGGUCAUUCCUCACGGGGUCACGGUCAUCCCAGGACCCGGUCAGCAGCUCAUGCAGGCAGUGCUGCCCAACGGCCAGGUGCAGCGCUUCCUCUUCACUCCCAUCGCCUCAGCAGCCACGCCAACAUCAAGCACAGUCACCACAGUUCCCGGUCAGCUCAACUCCACCUCCACCAAAACCCCCGCCCAGCCCGCCCAGCAGGCGGCUGCCCCCGUUCAGGCAGGGGCAACCCCCUUGGCCACUACCAGCACCCCUUCGUCGGCCACCCCACAAGGCCAGUUACCCCCUCAGACGCAGGCUCACAUGCCGAUCCAGUCUCCCACCUCGCUGCAGGUGAAAACACAGGGAGGAACGGCUCAGCUGCAGCAGGUCAUCAGCAUGUCCGGACUGCAGCAGCAGGUUCAGGUGUUGGCGCAGCUGCAGGCCCAGCAGGCCCAGCAGGCCCAGCAGGGUGGAUGCUCUCUGCCACAGCACAUCAAACUGCAGCUUCCCAUCCAGAUUCAACAGGCCGGGACCACCUCAGCUCAGGGAGGACAGAUUGGGAACGUGGUGACCAUCCAGGCAGCUUCUGUCCAGGAGCAGCUGCAGAGGAUCCAGCAGCUCAGAGAGCAGCAGCAGCAGAAGAAGAGACAAGCUGCAGAGGCCAAGAGAGAGCAAGCCCUCAACACAGCCAGCCAGAGCGACAUCAUUCAGAAACAGGUGGUGAUGAAACAAAACGCUGUGAUCGAGCACCUGAAGCAGAAGAAGACCAUGACGCCUGUAGAAAGAGAAGAGAAUCAGAGAAUGAUCGUGUGCAAUCAGGUGAUGAAGUUCAUUCUGGACCGGAUAGACAAGGAUGAGAGGCAGGAGGCCAAGAGGAAGAAGAAGGAGGAGGUGGUGGAGGCGAAGAGGAGGUUGGCCAACGCCGGCAAGCUCUCCUCGCUCCUCUACCGCCACAAAGAGAGCCUCAAGAUGGAGAUCCUGAAAAAGCGGGCACUUCUGGACAAAGAGCUGCAGCUCGAGACACAGGAGGAGCUUAAGAGGGAUCUAUUGCGGAUCCGCAGGGAGAAGGAGAGGGCUCAGGCUGCAGCUCAGCAAGCUGCCCAGGCCGCAGCUGCACGCAACAAGCAUCAACACACGCAUGGCAUCACAUCUCAACACCACCUCACCACCAACGCCUCCUCCACACACAAAAGAAAACGGGAGGACGAGAGGGAGAAUGUGAUGUCGGCAAAGUCCAAGAAGAAGAAGAUGAUCUUGACAACGAGCACCAAGGACAGCAAAAAGGAAAUCAAGCUCUACUGCGUCUGCAAAACGCCAUACGACGAGUCCAAGUUUUACAUUGGUUGCGACCUGUGCACUAACUGGUAUCAUGGAGAGUGUGUGGGCAUCACGGAGAAGGAGGCCAAGAAGAUGGAUGACUACAUCUGUGUGGAGUGUAAACAGGGACAGCAGACCAGCACGGAGGAGCUGUACUGCAUCUGUCAGACGCCCUACGACGAGUCCCAGUUCUAUAUCGGGUGUGACCGGUGUCAGAACUGGUACCACGGUCGCUGCGUGGGCAUCCUGCAGAGCGAGGCCAACCACAUCGACCAGUACGUGUGUCCGAAUUGUCAGUCCACAGAGGACGCCAUGACGGUCUUCACGCCGCUAACCGACAAGGACUUUGAGGGCCUGCGGAGAAUUCUGCGUUCAUUACAGGCUCACAAAAUGGCAUGGCCGUUCCUGGAGCCAGUGGACCCAAACGACGCCCCGGACUACUACAGGGUUAUCAAGGAACCAAUGGACCUUUCAACCAUGGAGGAGAAGAUACAGAAGCGAAAGUACGUGAAGCUGACGGAGUUUGUAGCGGACAUGACCAAAAUCUUCGACAACUGCCGCUACUACAACCCCAGCGACUCGCCCUUCUACCAGUGUGCAGAGGUUCUGGAGACCUUCUUCGUCCAGAAGCUCAAAGGGUUCAAAGCCAGCAGGUCUCAUAACAACAAACUACAAUCAGCAGCUUCUUAGCUCUCUCCUAAAAUUCAAGUGUCAAAAAAGACAAGCCUUGUGGUUUCCUCGUAAUGAUUAAGCCCGUUGGUCGAAGUCGGGCUGCAUCUGAACCGGAGCCCUCUCUGGAGGAGAGCACGCUCCCUGUGGAAAAUCUGCUCGCACUGGUGUCAUAGCGCCCAACCUCCAACACCUCCACUAAGAGGAGAGAGAAGCCCCUUUUCAUCCAUUGGGACAAAAUGGCAGAGAAGAACCACCUUCAGACGGGGGGGGGACGGUGUCCGCCCGCUUCAGCCCAACCAGCCACUCCUACCAGAGCAUCCCAAACUCCAGAUGGGGAACACAGAUACUGCUGACGUGUGGGCUGGUGGGAUGUUCAGGGGCACAUCCGGCAGCAGCAGACUCUACUUCUGUAGCUGAUCACUAUUUGUACGUAUCCUAUAAAGCAAAGUGUCAGUGUGGAUCUUUCCUCCUAGAGAUGCUACUUUUAUUUUAUUCUGUCACACUUUCAAUGAUGUGUUUCAUUGUGUGAAAUCCCAUUGAAGCCUAGUCCCUGCCUCAAGUGGAAAUGUUCAUGAGGUCAAAAUGAAAACCCCCAGUUUAUGCUUCACACUCAUGUACAGUACCUCGGAGUUCAUUCUUCUCAGAAUUAACACCUCUUUAUGGUCGAAAGCAGCAUUUUAUUGAUUGUCACACUUGAUACCCCACUGGAGAAAAAAAGAACCAAAUCAGUUUUCAUAAUGGCGUUUUAGAGCCCUUGUAGGGUUGGAUGUUCAAUGCUGGUGCACCUCCUCACCAACGUGUGUAUGAGGCAUUUCCGGCUUACUGAAGCAUCCGAGGUGUAAUAAGGUUUAUCCAACCUUGCACAGUGACGCAAUGUAGUAACUUGGAGAACAAAAUGUGACGUCUCGUUAAUUUGAGACUUUACUCUCCUCCCCGAGCUCCGUAAUACAUUUUCCGUUUGACUGCAACGGCCCUCUAAUGCAGUCUUAGUUUUCAAAUGCUCGUUGUGCAGCAAAUCUCAGGUGCACCGUUUCCUUCCACCUACACCCAGUUAUAUUGGCUAUCCUCCGUUGUGAAGCUCUGCAUGAAACCCCAUUUGUAACCGAAGUUAGAUAUGUAAAAAAAGAUGGUCAACGUGACAUUUUCUGUUGGAUUCGCAUCACCACAUACAGGCGGCAGUAGACGGCACUUCCUGGAGUUAAUUAAGGGGUCUUCGCUUCGUCUGAGGGCUGCCAUGUUAAUAUUCAGAGGGUAACAACCAGAACAGGCCAUCUCAUUCCACCACAUCCUGCGACCUUUUACCAUUUUGUGUUCUUCUUUAAAGCAAGUGAAGAAUGUUAACUAGCUCUGUGCUCCAUUAAACGUGACCCUUUAUGAAGGAAGUCAAUGACAUGAAGAGAGGAGAAUGUUGGGGCUUCAGGGAGGGUCAAACAUGAACAAGACUUAACUAACCCACAUGUCCCGGCCUCCAAAAGCUCUGUUUGUCAAUGGCAGUCUGUUAGUCUCUCCUUAUCUAUCGGCCACUUCUUCCAACAUAUUUCAUUGAAGUUGACAGGUUGGCUCACAUGUCUCUCAACUCGCCCUCAAAGCAUGGUUAAGUAAUUGGAUAAUGGACUUUUCCACUCAGCAUCAACUCAGUUAUGUUGCGGUCUGCGGCAGCAUGUCUGGGAGUAAACUUUGAGUGGGGACUGGGGAGUCUUUGUACCGUGGGGUUUGUAUGAACAUUUUAUAGCUGCAUUUUUAUCAUAUAUUUGGGAACAUUUUUGUAAUCUGUGAUUAUCAGUUUUGUAGGAGGGGAGCAGUCACAAGACACACUUGUAUUUAAGUUGUUGAAAACAGUAUAAAAUGAAGUACAUUUCAGAUUCAAUCAGUUUUUUGCAGAGUUGAGAGAAUGUUGCUUCUGUCUCCUUUACUGUUUGUGUCUUUUUACACAAAUGUCCGUCUCUUUGUAAUCUUAUGAAGAUGUGUUUCAUCCACUGUUUGUGAUCUCUAUUGUAUAUUAUGGUUGUUCAAAUAUGUAGAGAUGACAGACUUUUCGAGCAGUAGAAACUUUUAUUUUUCACUCUUUGAACCAGCAUAAGCCCGACUGUAUAUUUUUCCUGUCUAUUUUUUCUCUCUAAUUGAAGUGAAUUCUACAUUUUAGGUGAGAUUCCCCCUUAUAUUACAAUUGCUGCAUAUUGUGAGCAUAAAGGUUUUGAACGGGGCAAAGUGACAAAGUUAACUCUUGUACAGAGUUUUUCUUCUUUUUGUAAGAAAACAACCAGUUCAACAUAACUUCUAUAUUGACAUUGCAUUUCUUGUAUUAUUUAUUCAUAUCAAUGAAAAGUUCUCCGUUUUUUUUUAGUAAUGUUGAGGAAAUGUAACAGCAGAUAAAUAGUACUCUGUUUUUAACUGAUUGUGGCAACUCUGAAGAGAUUCUCUUUUGUACUCGAUAGGACAUUUCAUCCUAGAUAAUAAAGUAAUGUUUUUGACACCGGCUUUCAAAA